AUGUCUGGUGCCCAAUUUGGUGAUCCAAAGGAGCUCCGCCCUGUGGCGUUGGGCGAGGCUCCAUUUGGGAUCCGUCUCUACGACAGUCGCCCGGACGGAAGACCACCCAUGCAGGAGAAAAUGCUGAACCAGUUCUGUGUGUGUCGGCCGCCACGGCACAACGGCUGGAAAACCUUGCGGUUAUGGGGGUUCACCAACCAUUGGGGAGGUCCCUUCGGGUCCAAGAAGCCCCUAAACUGCCUAACCCCAACCCUUAACCCUAACCAGGGCUCAAUUGACAGCCUCAACCUCUACGAUCAGACUAGCUGGGUCUUUUGCAACGGCAGACACGACUUGGAAAGUGAUGCCAACAAGGAGCUGGACUACACAACAUGGAUGAAGAAGUCUUGCAAAAAUGUUGAGCAAUUGGUUGCAUUUGCAGGUGACUGUCUUCAUUAUGGAAGAGGUCUCAUAGUUUUCCUCUUACUGUCGCCUGUGGACACGGUCAACGACCUGUUUUUUGAGACCUACAGAUCUUUCUUUAUUAACACAGAGAGCAAAAGCAUCAUCACUAUUUGUGAGUCAGCGAACGCCUACGACCAAUGGAAGGAGCUCAUUAAUGAAAAGUUUCAUAUUGACAUUGACCCGAUCUCCGUCUAUGAGCUGACUCUCAGCCAGGUCAACGGGACAGUGAUGGGGCUGGGACCGUUUAGACAGUCGCCUGCAAAGCUGCUACCGUCGUCCGACUCCAGCUCCGUUGUCCUGAACCAGAAAGACGAAGACUUAUAGACUGCUUUGGACAUUUUGUGUCUGAAUCAGUGUGAAAAUGUUUUCAAAGACAAAAGUGGUCAAAAGUUUUUAAACUUUCACAUCCGAGAGGAGGAGGAAUUCUACCGAGGAGGCAAAGUGAAAUGAUGGAACUUUUACUUCUGUGACAAGGACAGUAAGAAGAUAUUUGUCAAGCGAGACAAGUACCGAAAUAUGAUGGACAUGAUUCGCUCUCAGCACAGAUCCAACAGAAAACCUUGCGUGCUGCUGAAUUUCUUCCACCUUCCAGGCUGUGGCGCUAGCACAUUAGCCAUGUACAUCUUGUGGGACCUUCGCAAUGACUUUCGAUGUGCGGUGCUGAAAGACACCCCGCUACCUAAGGAGGAAGUAGCCGAUCAGAUUGUACAUCUCAUGAAGCUGGAAAGUGGAACGCCGUCUCCUGUCUUGCUUUUGAUGGACGAUCUAAAGGAGACAAAUAGUUUUAACGACCUUGUUAACUGCGUCCGCAAAGCAGUGGAGGACUCGGCCAAUGUGAACGUGGACCACUCACUUAACUGCAAAGUUUUUUUGGGGAAAAUGAUGCGCUACCCAGAGGAUGAUGUGUUGGACACAAUGAAGAUCUACUCAAACGUCCUCAUUGUUGACAGAGUGGAAGAGUGCGGAGGCUACAAAACGCUUCGUAUCCUCCAUCAUACCAUAGCAGACGCCUGCUUGGAAGAGUUGGAGGGGGGCUACUCCUUGAUGGCCAGUGACAAUCCCAAACUGACAACUAACUUGACCAUUGAAGAACAUAGAAUUUAUCUGGAAAAGACCCAAGCGGACACCUUCUCUGGAAUUCUACAACACUUGGACAAGUCCGCCGAAGAAAUGGAGAACAUUGUGGAAUGUUAUGCUUUUUUGCAACACACAUUCAAACAAAAACGAAACUUCCAAAAGAAAAGGAAUUACAUUUUGGCAAAUGUGGUUCUAUACCUUCUCAAUCCAAAGUCCAAACUUGUGAAAAGCUACCAGAUGCUGCAUGAGCUGCUUAUGGAAGCUCUGCAGGCUGUUGGACACCAUCACACCUGUCCAGACCCGUACUACCUGGCCCUCAUGUUCUGGCCCACGCGGUCUGAGGAAAACUCAGAAAUCCAAACAUACAUCAAUGCCAUUUGCCAGCACAAGCACAUGUCUAAAUUGUUCAACAAGAGAAGCACUAUUGCUCACCUGUACUUGGAAAGAGAGAAUGGACUAAAGAGACUCGUGUCAAAACCCAGUCUGGAUAAGAAUUUCCUUACCAAGAUGAAACGUGACUUUCUGGCACAACUCUGGUGGAACGGAGACAUCUUUAAGGAGAAAUACAUUUGCAGCUGCCUGAUUCCUGUGCACUCGGCUCGCCGGAGUGCAAUUAGAAGCGGUUGCAGCACAGAGAAGAUAUCUUUUUAUCUGGGAUUUGCUAUCGAUAGGCCGCUGGCGUAUGAUAUUCAGUAUGAAAACUAGGUCAGAUGGUCUGUAUGUAAAUAUUCACUUCCUGUCUGAUGUCUUCUUUGGGCAUCAUUUUACUGUUAACAAAUAAAGGUGACAUUUAU